AUGCACGGUCAAUAUACCGUCGAAAAGGUGAAUUACCCUUCCCAUGGUGAAACAAUUGCUGGAAUCCUAUAUCGUCCAAUCGGGAUUAAAAACCCACCAGGAAUUGUAAUUACAGGACCUUACUCUUUCAUUAAAGAGCAAGCGCCUUUGCAAUAUGCCACUCGACUUACAGAUGAAGGCUAUGCAACGUUGAUCUUUGAUCCACGAACUGUUGGUGAAAGUACUGGACACCCUAGAAGGUUAGAGAAUCCAAAGAUGAAAAACGAAGAUAUGAUAGCGGGUCUAGAUUAUUUGACUUCCUUGCAAGAUAUUGAUUCUUCACGUUUAUUCUUAGUUGGAAUUUAUCAAGGUGGCCCUGAAUCUCUGGAUGUUGCUUCGUAUGAUCAACGUGUUCGAGGCGUAGCUUCUGUUACAGGUUACUUUCGCGAUCACGAGACAGACAUUUAUAUGAUUUAUGCUGGUUGCGUUAAUUGGAAGCCUGGCAUAGAUAUCGGGGAGCUCAAGAUGCCAACACCGGAUCAAGGAGAAGCAUUACUUAAAGCACGUCUUGAACGAGCAAAGGAAGCUAAGAAGUUGUUCGAUGAAACUGGAGAGGUUAUUUAUCAGCCACUGGUGGAUCCAAAAGCUGCUGAUCCAAAUAUCGGUUCAAUGGCCGGCCUUCCCGGUCCAGUUGUUUGGUCUUUCUAUGGACCAUGGACGCUCAAAGGUUUCGAGAAUCGAUACGCAGUAAUGAGUGAUCUGGAUCAUUUUGAUUACAGUACGGUAUCUGGUGUGGCAAAAUUAACCAAGCCAGCCUUAAUCAUUCACGGUGAUAACUGUAUGAACGCUGCUGCUGCAAAGCGUCAUUACGAUUCUAUUCCAACGGAACAAAAGAAGCUCAUUUGGAACAACGAAUUCUCUCACUUUCAACAUUACGAUCAGCCUGAUUGUGUUGACAGCAAUGUGGGCAACAUCAGUGCAUGGUUUGCUGACAUUCAAAAGAAUUAUACUUAA